ACGAUCCCGGUGUAUUUUUAGAUUUGACACAGUUCACAGCUGCGCACGCUGAAUCGAUCGAGGACCACGUCAUUCGAUUACGGCAGCCGCGAUGUUGUUCAGGUUCGGGGUCAUUCUCACCCCGGAGUCCUCGGAUGUCCGGGUCUAUGUUUUGGGUUCGCGUAGGGAAAUGGGUGAGUGGGACCCGCGCGCAGCGGUCCAGAUGAGGGCCGCGCAGGACCCCCUGCUGUCCACGCACGAGCCGUGUCUGUGGAUCGGAGACGUAGAGCUGGCAGAGCCCUGCAAAGACACACUGUGGUUCAAGUUCGUCCAAAGAGUCCGCGGCUCUUGUAUCUUGGAAGGAAGUGGUCCGAGCCAUGACCGGUGUUGUUCAUAUGAUGAGAGUAACGUCGUGGAUGGAGUGUACUGCCAUCCGAUUGGUCACUGGAUAGAGGAAACAGGACACACAGAUGAGAUGAAACACACCGCCAACUUCUACUUCGGUGUGUCCGGUCAGAAGGCCAUUCACUUCUCCAGGGUGCUGCCGCGCGUUUGGCUGGGCAGCUGCCCUCGACAGGUGGAACACGUGACGAUAAAGAUGAAGCACGAUUUGGGCGUCACCGCGGUGAUGAACUUCCAGACGGAGUGCGACGUGGUGAACAACUCCGACGGCUGCAGACGCAACUUCGGUGAAGCCAUGACCCCCGAGACCAUGAUGCAUCUGUACAAAGACUGCGGCCUGCUGUACGUGUGGAUGCCCACGCCCGACAUGAGCUCGGAGGGUCGGGUCCGGAUGCUUCCCCAGGCUGUAUUUCUGCUUCACGGUCUCCUGGAGAACGGUCACACUGUUUACGUCCACUGUAACGCUGGCGUAGGCCGGUCGACGGCGGCGGUGUGCGGCCUGCUGGUGUACGUCCUCGGCUGGAGCCUGAGGAAGGCGCAGUACUUCGUCGCAGCCAGGAGGCCGGCAGUGUACAUCGAUGAGGAGGCUUUGGUCCAGGCUCAGGCAGAUUUCACUCAGAAGUUUGGACAGUUACGAUCUUCCAUCUCUUACCCGCACACGUGAGAAUCGACUUUCCCACUGACGUGUUUACAUACGUGCGCGGCUCCGCGGAAAAACUACAUUUCUGAAAGAAAUAACCUGUAGCAAGAAGAGCAACUCAGCCAAAGUGGGACUUUAGCUGAGUUGAUAUCUGGUAGAGUAUCUGAAGAGUGUUCUUCUGCGUUGGAGUGGGCUACCACACUCUGGUAGUACUCAGCAAAGCUCUGCAAGUAUUUUUAGUCUUUUAUUCUUUGCUCGCAUCCAACAGACUGAGUGCUCAUCAGUAAAGGAUGUUUUUCCACGGUUACUAAUAUAAUUCUGCAAUAAAAAAAGAUAAGAAAUUAUAAUGUUGCAUAAACAUGGCAAUGGUCGGGGAGCCGGGACUGGAGGCGGGGUGGCUCCCCAGGCGCCUGAUCUUGAAAAAUAAACAGUACCAGGGGCCGUCACAAUAUUUUAUUGAAGGGGGCUAGAGAGACACCGAGCUGUCAGACUCCGGGGGUCAAGGUUCGUCUCUCUUUGCUCGAGAGUUCAGUUCUUCAGGGUCUGGUGGAACCUUCCCCUGGAGUUCAUCAGCAGAAAUCCCACGCAAGGACUGUGGGGAGGAAACAGAGGUUCCUUCUGGGAGGGCAUCGGGUCCUCCACUGAUGAAUGCCUCUACUGGGGUCGAAGGCUCGCUCAGACAAAGUUAGGGAGCCGUGACUGGAGGCAUCGGGGACGCGAGUCGGGGAGCCGUGACUGGAGGCGUCGGGGACGGGAGUCGGGGAGCCGGGACUGGAGUGAACUGUGUCUGUGAACUAGAAGAAGAAACAAUCCAUCACUCGAUGUCUAAUAUUCACGAGAAUAUUUUUGGGUGAAUGUUCUACAUACAGGAUGAAGGAAAGAAAGAUGUGUUCUUUGUACCCUUGGUUUUUGAACAUUUUUUUAUCAAGAACUGCAUGAAUAUGGCACCAUGAUAGUAAUUUUAUUUAUCACUUAAUGAAUCUUAAUUUAAUCAUUUUUCAAUUUUUUCAUAUCCAAUAAUAAUCCAUAAAUGAAACAUUUUUCUCAAAAUAAAGGGAAAAUAUAUAUUUACAUGUUUGAUUUAGCUGAGGCUUUUAUCCAAAGCAAACCAGAACAACAAGAAUCAAGAAAGUCCAAUUUCUUCAACAAAGGCAAACUACAAAGUGCUGCAAGUAAGAGUCAUCGUAAGUGAUAUAACGAUUAUAUACUGUUCUCAUCACACCGAAGCUGGGAUUGACUCCAGCCCCCACGCGACCCUGUAUGAAGGAUAAGCGGUUUGAAGAUGGAUGGAUAUCCUCACACCUAUGUAGUAAUUCUGUAGUACAAGUAGUAAAAGUGCAUCUAAAAUCCCCUUAGAAUAAAAUGUAAAUAUAAAUA